CCGAGCUGUAGCACGUGCAGCGGAAGUACUGAAGCCAAACAAAUGCCGAACGCGCGUGAGAACUGCACUGUUUUCUUACAGCGUGUAUGUUUAUUUUUUGCUGUUAAUCCUAUUUAAACCAACGUGAUAGUAUUAAAUGUCUCAUUAUAACAAGAGUAUUGUUUUAGAGUAAUUUACGUGUAAACUUAGAGACGCGCUGUAGUUUGUUUGUUCGCUAGUUCGCGUGAUCGGUUCACAUUAAAAUGUUUCCAAUACUAUUUAAAUGCCAAUAAAGUGAGUUUUUUUUAGUUGAGGAGUUGAAAAUGGAGAAUGGGGAUUUUUCGUGCUUUAUUUCAUACCAUGAAGGUUUCCAUGGGACUAUUAAAACCUCGCCCAAAGACUUUGUGGUUACUGAGAUGGACAUCAAUGGGCAGCUCGUUACAAAUCCUAACAUUCAGGAGACGCACACAAAAAGACCGCAUCAAGCUACAAAUAAAGGAGGUGUUAAGUCAAAACAACUUGAACCCAUUGACACUGACAUUUUUAACCAGGACUGCUUUGAUUUGAAUGUUAUCCUCGGUCUGUCUGUGAAUAAAGAGUUGGAGAAUUUCACUAACAAAAUAAGACUGGGAACCAGUCCAAGUAAUGGCGAACAGGAGAACAUGGAGUUGUCAUUGGGUACUUUUCCUGACAAGAACCUCAGAGCUGUUGUCCACAAAGCGGUACGACACACCUACCCCUUCCUUCAGACCGUCACAAACCAAUCAGAGAUUCGGGUACGAGAGGACCAGGACUUCAAGGAGCUCUCCAAAUUAUCCUCUGAAGGAGAGGCAGAGGACUUCUUCAGGUUCAUGGAUGCUAAAGUACCCGGCUCUGCAUUCACCUUCCUGCCCGAUGAGAGCAAAGAGCACCGGACAAUAGUUCACCAUUUUGUCAGCAGACGCUUUGGAAAGCUCGUGGAGACGAAGAGCUUCACCGACCAGAAGAAGACCUCCAUUACUGUGAGGCUAAGGGAGAAAAACAAGCAAUCCAAGAAGAGAACGAUAACAGACUGUCAGGAGGAAGAUGUGACAUUAUACACAGCUUUCACUCUGCAAAAAGACAACUUGGAGACUUUGGAGGCCAUCAGCUACAUGGCUGUGGUACUUGAUGUGCUUCCAUCUGAUUUUACCUACGCAGGAAUCAAAGACAAGAGGGCAGUCACCUACCAGGCCAUGGUGGUGAAAAAGAUUUCUCCAGAGCAGUUGCUGGAGAAGGUCUCGGAGUUUGAGAGGAGGGGAAUUAAAAUCUCGCGUGUACGUCCCGUGUCUGAACCCCUCAAAAUCGGUAGACUGCAGGGAAAUCAUUUUGAUCUUGUAAUAAGAGACCUGAAGCCUCAUGGGAAACGUGAACUUGCAGCGUUAGAAGAGCUUGUGCUAGAAGCGGUGGAAAAUGUAAAGAACAGAGGCUUUGUGAAUUAUUACGGACCCCAGCGAUUUGGUAGUGGAUCAUGCGUCCGAGCAGACCAAGUAGGACUUGCACUUCUAAAGGAAGAAAUGGAGACUUCGGUUAGGCUGUUUUUCACCCCAGAGGAUGGCGAUGACCUCCAAAACAAGGCAAAGCAUCAUUUUCUUCUCACAGGGAAUGCUAAGGAGAGCUUGGCACUGAUGCCAGCUUACAAAGCUCGAGAGCGUCUCAUGCUCCGGGCACUCCAUCGAUAUGGGAGCGAACGGGAAGGAUGCAUACGUGCCUGGCUCAGUUUGACGCACAGCAUGAGACUUUUUUACCUCCACUCCUACUGUAGCCGAGUGUGGAACGAAGCGGCCUCAUGCAGACUACAAAAACUGGGCUUCAAGGCUGUUUGUGGAGAUCUGGUGUGGUCUGGAUCUGAGAAAGGACAGAGAGACAUAGCAGAAGAGGAUCUGAAUGCUACACAGGUUCACGUAGUGACGUCUGAAGAGGAGACGGAUGGUGUUUUUUCAUUGGACCAGGUCAUCCUUCCAAUACCAGGAAAUAGUGUCAAGUACCCGGAAAAUCUGCUGGGCCGGUGGUAUCAAGACAGAUUGGCUCAGGACGGCUUGGGGUCGUGCCGUUUCAGAGUCACGCCGCUUAAACUCAACAACCCUGGAUGUUAUCGUCGUCUACUUGCAAAGCCACAGAACGUCACUUACGGCUUGCAGACCACGAGUCAGUCGGACGAGCCUCAUGCGCCCAGUCUGUCGAUAGCCUUCGACUUGGAUGCUUCCUGUUACGCUACUGUGUGUCUGAGGGAGAUUAUGAAAAGUAAUCUUUCAUAGUUUAAUUAUGUUUAUUAAGGAUGCACACACACAGACUAAAUAAGCAUUUUCAUUGAAUGGUCAGAAAAUGUUGUGCCACAAGGUGGCAGUGAUGGGCUGUAAAAGUCAAAUAAUAAAAGCGUGUUGGUUGAAGUGUUUACUGUAGGGUUUUGUUGGACUUGUGAUGCAUCCCACAUUGACCACAUUGUUACUCCGUCUUCAAGCAGGCCAUACAUCUCCAGACACCACAUUGUUAUUUCAUCUUUGAGCAGACCAGUGUGGUGGGAUCUUGACCAUCCGUCAGAGCUCAUGAAUAUGAAGAUGCUGCUUUCAAAUACUGAAAGUAAAAAAUAUAUUUACAACAAUUAUUCUUUAACUUAAUCCGUCUGAAAUUAUAGAGAAUCAAGUCAUUUUCAAAGAUGGGCAGUUUAUCACUGAACCAUAAGACUAAAUGUCUUUAUUUUAAUGAAUUAGUUUAGUAUGCAAUUUAAUGAUGUACAUAGAAUUAGCAUGCAUUGCAUUCCUCUAGUAUUACAAUCCUGAAAUGCAUUUAACUGCAAAAAUAACACCCAUAUAAAGGUUAUUUUACAUAAUAUUUCAAUAAAUAAAGAUGCUUGUAUUAGGCAGAAUUUUAAGGCAUAGUUCACCAAAAAUUCUGUCAUUAUUUAUUUACCCUGAAGUUAAGCCCAACCCUGUAUAAAUGUCUUUGUUUUGAUGAACCCAAAUGAAAAUAUUGUUAAAGUUCAUAACAGAUCUGGGCCACCAUUCACUUCCAUAGCAUUAUGUUUUUCUACAAUGGAAGUCAAUGGUGCCCUAGAUCUGCUUGGUUGCAAACAUUCUUUAAAAUAUCUUCCUUUGUGUCUAGCAGAACAAAGAAAUUUAAACAGGUUUGAAACAACGUAAGGAUUAGUAAAUGACGUGACGUUAAUUAUUUUGUGUCCGUAUGGUUGUAUGUAAAAGGGUUAAAAUUUCAAAAUAAAAUUACACAUUUCUUUUAUACAUUCUCUUUUUUGAGGACCAAGUCU